CGAGGAUUCAAAAGUUGGUUUUGUAUGUCUAAGUCUCCUGACUCAUCCCCUUCCUGCUUCUCAGCCGAAGCUGUGGCGAGCGAGGAGGAGGUAAGUGAGGGGAAGUUGGUAGUGAAUGAGGACUGGGACCGAUGGAUGCCUGACCCCUUAGAGGCUCUCCAUCAUACCGGACCGCCGUGGAAGCGACGCAUUGACUUGCUCAGUCUCCUCGUGGGCAUUUAUGGAAGCAAGAAGUCCUUCCUAGUGGAGUAUCGCAACCUUUUGGGCCAACGUCUUCUCCGACAACUUAACUUUGACACUGCUGCGCAGAUGAGACAUCUGGAGCUGUUGAAGCUCCGUUUUGGAGAAGCUGAUUUGCAGGAGUGUGAGGUAGAUGGGCUUUUUACGUCAUAUUUUUGGACCUUCCAAUGUGAGCUCGAUCGAAGCCUCCAUACGAUCCUAAGUAUUCUCAAUGUAAUUUACUGUUUUGGGGUUGAACUCUUCACAUGGCGUGAGGUAAUUAUCGCUUUGACGGUCUAG